GUAACAAAUAUAAUACAUUAUAAUUUAAAUACUAAUUUUAAUACAUUAUAUUUUAUUACUAUAAUCAAUCAAAUGCAUUUAUUAAACAUCAUUUUAUUUAUUGGACUUAUUAUAUCGUUAAGUCUAUGUAUUGUUGGCUGUAAUGAAAGUCAUGCAAGAAUUCAGAGCUACGAGAAUAUAACGACUACCGGCUGUGGAUGCGGAAGGAAUGCGAGGUUAGGUUACAACAAGUGUUUUAAAUAUAUGACUGAAGUGCACCCCUGGGCUGUAUUUAUUACAAACUUCAUAAAUGGGACUUGGAAUGGAAUGAGUGGUGUAAUACUGAACGAACGAUGGAUCUUAACGUGUGCUCACGGUUUAUAUUGUGGCGUAAAUUGUACGUCAAAUGACAUUCGUGUAUAUUUGGGGUUAAGAAACCAAAGAUAUACAAACCAUACCUACUAUACGAGCGGUCAGUAUUUCAUUCAUCCCAUGUAUGAGAGCUAUCAAUGGAAACCAUUUGAUUUGGGUUUAAUUCGUGUCGACACUGAUAUACCAUUGGACGGCACUUUCGGUUUGACGGGUAGUAACGCUAUUUGUUUGCCCAAUAAAAUGGCGAUCAAUAAAAACACAGAAUACGCCCAAUUGGUUGGACACGGAAUUGGAAACAACACCGGAUUGGGUUUGAUUACAAUUCAAAAAGCUCACGACAACGACGCUCCUGGUCUAAAUUACGUUAUUAAAGGGCGGCGAAUACCAUACAACUUAGGUUCAGACAUUUGCACCAGCUACUCUAAUAUAACGACUGCCGGCUGUGGAGUCGGCAGGAAAUGGAUGGUUAAAGACAACACAUGCUUUCCAUUCCAUCCAAACACUAAUACAAUGUUUGCCGGCAUUCAAAACGGACGGGUAGUUCAGAAGGGAGAGCAGCCGUGGACUGUGUUCAUUGUGUUUAAUAGUGGGUCUACGGAGGACGGUGUCAAAAAUGGUUUAUUGGAGGACAGUCCUUCGUAA